GUCGGGUCGCGGCUGGCAGCGAAGCUGGGGUGGAAAUUCUACGAUGCAGACGAUUAUCAUUCUCCUGAGAGUAAAAAGAAGAUGGCAGAGGGGAAACCAUUAAAUGAUGAGGACAGGAUGCCCUGGCUUUGUGCACUGCAUGAUAUACUAAGGAGAGAAGACGCAUUUGGACAAGAUGUAAUUCUGGCCUGUUCUGCACUGAAGAAGAUGUAUAGGUAUGUGUUACUUAGUGGACCAUUUGCAAUUGCAAGCAACGAGCCAGAGGAAUCAGGAGAAAAUGAAGCACUGAAGAUCCUCUUUGUUCAUUUGGAUGGGCCUACAGACAUCAUUACUGGCCGCCUGGAGAAGAGGGGGGGACAUUUUAUGCCACCUGAACUACUCAAGUCUCAGUUUGAUACUCUGGAGCCUCCUAGUGCUCCAGAAAACUUUAUUACUGUCAGUCUAGAAAAAUCUCUCCCUGAAAUAGUGCUGGAGAUUGAGAGCAUAAUUUUUCAGGGUGAGGCUUUUCUGGAGUAA